UACAGUUUCAAGAUGGCAGCCUCCACAGAAAGUUCGAUUCGUGUCAAACUUUUGUUUAAGCAUAUUGACAUAAACCCUUCAUGGUUUUGUGUUUAUGUAAAGGAAUCUUUAAAAGUGUCUGAUGUUGAGAAGAGAAUAAUUUCAAAGUUUGGACUCUGUGAAAAACACGUAGAGUUAUUCGUAUCUGGUUGCAGAUUGCCAUCAUGGGAGACCACUUGUGUCCUGAGAGAAAAUGACAUCGUGCACGUGUUUCUGCAAAAAGCUAAUGAACUCGAUGUAAACACCCAUGCUAACUGUCAACAGCUGAUGGAUGGAAACACUAAGAAGAAGAAGAAGGAGAAGAAGAAAAGAGAACAGCAAUGUGAUGAGUCACAAGCACCUUCUGAUAAUGAUAUCUGCAGCAUUGCAGAUGAUGAUAUUGAUGUUGACACCAACACAAUGCCUUGUCAGAGUUUGCAGAAGAGGAAGCAGGAGAUUCUUGAAGUCCUGGAUGAUGCAAUAGCAUAUGCGAAUGAAUGUGAUAGGGUCAAUGAAGGAAAAGAAGAAUCACAUUUGGUGUUAACUUACAAGAAAGCUCACAUUACAGAUACAAUAGAUGGAGAGGAAAAGAUGGAGUUGGCAGAUUUAACAUCAACUGAGGAACCAACACGCAAAAGAAAAAGGAAGAGGAAAAGGAAAAACAAAGCAAAUGAAUUUCAUGUUGACCAGAGCAUUGAGAAUGGUUCUGUAUCUUUGGAAGCAUCAACUGCAAACCCUCUUCCUUUUUAUGAAGAAAUCAAUAUGACUUUGCCACAUUAUAAACAGCCCAACAACAAACACAUUACAUUUUCAGGAGAUAACCUACCCAGUGACACUCCUCAAGAUUGUUUGGCUUCAAUGCAAGAUCAUGAUAACUUAAAUUUCCCUCAACCACAGUUUGCUCUUACUCAUAAUCAGCCAGUACCAGUCUGCUAUCAUACUGAGGAAACAAUGUAUCCCACAGAAAACCACCACCUGGAAGAAGGGACAAGAAUAUAUGAAAACAAAUUAUACCCCAAAGUCAAAGAAACGACAUUGAGUAAUGGUGUAACGGUAUUCACAAGACAGAAGAAGAUACCAGUUCCUCAUCUUAACAAACAAGUUCCAUUAAAAUCCAUUACUUUAGAGAAUGAUGCAAGUAGAAAGCUGGAAUCACCAAAACAUUGGAAAACAAUAGGUGGUACUGCCUCCAAGGUUACAGACUACAGUCAGUAUCCAGAUCUCGAAGCACCACCACACAGGAGUGACAACAUAGCUUUCAAGAUGGUUGAGUUAAAAAAAAACUGUCCAGAAAUAUCAUCUUAUAAGGAAGCUGAGGUCAUAUCAUAUGACCCAAUCACAACCAAGGUACAGCUACAGUUAUCAUCAGAAAAUCAGCACACCUGCAUGGGCAAAUUUCACACCAACUUGGAUGCAUCAAAGAGUGAAGAAACUAAUGCGGAUUGUAUAAACCACAGCAGUACUUGGACACCUCAAGGAUAUCAUUUCAUGUAUACCUGGGACACAUUCAUCAGUUUUGUCAAUGUCAUCCCCAAGGUCAUAUGUGGUAAACAAACUAUUUUCAACCAAACUCAAGAUGGAUUAACUGUAUGUUUAUCAAACUUCGUACUUCUUCCUUAGUGGUCUGCCCAGAGAAAAUGUUGGUGGUUCGAUUCCUGGCUGCCUCAUACCUAAAGAUGUUUAAAGAUGGUACUAAUUGGUAGUCAGUCAGCUGGUAUAUACUGUGUCACACACACAGAUAUGUCAAAUUCACUGGAAUGUCUGUGUUUGUAGUACAUGUUUGCAGGAGCUUAUUACCAUGUUUUCAACUAAAAAUAAUCAAGUAUGUGAUUAGCUGAAGUUGAGGUGCAUAUAUUUAACUCUAGCAAGAGGUUGCUUCAGGGGGUUGAUACGGACUAGUGGAUGCACCCUGAUAGCAGCAGAGUUUGGAAGCGUGGUCAUGUGCUCGUAUCAGGUCACCCGGAGCAGUGUUGUGACUCACUCUAUUGGAUAAAUUGCACAAAUUCGAACUUGAAGGGCAGCAAACUCUGAUUAGGUGACUUCCUCCUCUUUUUCACUCUGUUAGGGAUGUUGAAGAUAAGAAAGAAAAUAUACACAUACAGUGUUCUGCCAAGAAACCGAACAAGUGGGGACAGGGACCCCUUCAACAAAAAAACAGGGGCCUCACUCAGAGAUUUAUAAAAAAAACCUUAAAAAAUCUUAUAUGCAGGUUAUUAAUGCAGAAUCCCCAUUCACAGGAGAUGCUUGUGAUACAUAAAACGUUUCCCAUGACUUCUUUCUCAGAUUUAAGGUUAUGUACUGCUGCAACAAUGCCUGAUGUCAUAUAUGUAGUCUCAAUUAACAGCUUGUUUCUGAUCAUUGUUAGCAUGUCUUUUCAAGGUACUCAUUCCAAAAUAAUAAUUUAGCUUUAACAUUGAAUUUGACUUCACAUAAUUUAUGCAAAGCUGACAUGUCAUAGUAUUUCUUUCUGAGUUAUGCUGUAACCAUGUGCAGGUCUGAAGCCAGGUUCAUUGAACUAACAUCGCUAACUUAACCUGUGGUUUGCGAUUCAGCGAUCAUUCAAAGGAGAAACAUCUUUGUCAUUAUCAGAAGACGGUUUAAGCUGUGUUGACGACAAAAAAAUAUUUAAGAUUGACCUAUCCAUGAAAAACUGUCUGCUCUUGGAUUUUGCUGUUCGUUCAGGGUUUAUUAGUUAUGGCAAAGAACCAUUGAAAAUGUUCCAUAUGACAGCUAUGUUUGCACCAAUGUGUAACCUUGAUUCUGAUUGGACCUUUUGCAACUUUCAGCCAAUGAUAGGUGUAGACCACAAAAUGAGACACGAAAAAGAGGAAGUUUACAUUCAAUAAUAGAAACAGCUGUGUGAGUGAUGGAAAAUAUUUUUUGAGACAAUCAGUGGCCCCCAUAAUUCAUCACUUACUCAUCCUAUUGGUUUGUCUUAGGUUCCUGUAAAACUGUCAGUGAGUAUUCCAUAUAUUAUAUACUCACAUGCAAAAGAAACACAAGUCGAGUAUGCUGUAUACAUAUUAUUUAUUUUCAACAGUAAAGACAAGAAAUACUAAUAGGGCAAGAUUGACAAAAAUUUGAC